CCGUAGGGUAAGACAGCUGUAGCAGAAACUAUUUGUGUGAUGGUGGUGUGAGACGAGUAAGGAAGUUUGUAAUUUUGUCUACAGAAGUUGCAUUGAAUUUACUACCAUACAGAAAUGGCCCUUAGUGGCUUUGUCGAUUUUUUCCAAAAAGGAAAGACUUUUAAGCCAAAGAAAAAAUUUGAACCAGGAACCCUUCGCUAUUCUUUACACACUCAAGCACAAGCAUCAUUAAGUUCUGGAAUAAACCUUCGAGCAGCAGUUUUACUUCCCCCUGGUGAAGAUCUGAAUGACUGGAUAGCAGUGCAUGUUGUGGAUUUUUUCAACCGCAUAAAUCUCAUCUAUGGAACCAUUUCUGAUUAUUGCACUGAGGCAUCAUGCUCUACCAUGUCUGGUGGACCAAAAUUUGAGUAUCUCUGGGCUGAUGGUAAUAAGUACAAGAAGCCCACUAAACUACCUGCCCCCCAGUACAUCUCACUGUUGAUGGAAUGGGCUGAAGCACAGAUUAACAAUGAAACUCUUUUCCCUGUCAGCACUGAUAUCCCGUUUCCUAAGACGUUCAUCAGCCAGUGCAAGAAAAUUUUGACCCGCCUGUUUCGCGUAUUUGUCCACGUCUACAUACACCACUUUGAUCGUUUAGUUGCAAUUGGCGCUGAAGCACACGUCAAUACUUGUUAUAAACAUUUCUUCUAUUUUGUUCGGCAAUUUGAUUUAAUAGGUGAGCGAGAGUUGGAACCCCUUCAGGAGAUGACGGCUCACAUUUGCAAAGAUCCCCCUAUCGAGUGCAUCAACUCUCCGUCACGCUCUAACAAUCGAUGAUGACAACCCAGUCAAUGUAAAUAAGAAAAGAAAUUAAACAGGUGUGUUCCUUCA